AUGAGGUUCGAGCAGUGCCUGCCCCUCCUGGGGCUCCUGCUCUGUGCAGUUGGCACCACAGCUCAGCUGGAUGAAGAACUGGAGGAGGAAUUCCUGGUGGAGAUUUCUGGCACCACGGUGACCAUCACGUGUCCCUUGGACGACGACGACAACAUCCAGUGGGAGCUGUCUGGGAAAACCCAGGACACCAAGGAGAGGAAGUUCAUUAUAAAGGACCACGACAGCUCCCCUGCCAACCUCAGCUGCUCCUUGGGUAACGUGAAGCGUCAGCUGUACCUGAAUGCCAAAGUUUGUGCCACUUGUGAGGAGCUGGACGCCCUGAUCGUGGCAGGGAUCAUCACUGCAGACCUCCUCAUCACCCUGGGCAUGCUGAUCCUGGUCUAUUACUUCAGCAAGGGCAGGAAGGGACGAGCCAGCUCUGCUGGGGACAGCCGGCCGCGAGGUCCGAAGAUGCAGCGGCCUCCCCCUGUCCCCAACCCGGACUAUGAGCCCAUCCGGAAGGGGCAGCGGGAGGUGUAUGCAGGCCUGGCCCCCAGGGCCAUCUGAAACUGCUCUGAUGGCAGCC